UUUUACAGUAUUUACAAGGCAAUCGUAGAACAUGAGUGUUGUGUACACUUUACUGUUGGUUGCUGUCCUAGCGAUGUUUGGCCGAGGAAUUGCAGACCAAAAAGAUGGAUGUCUUUCAUUGGGUUAUGGUGAAUCACCAAUUACUAAGAAACCAAAGGACGUCCCUAUCAAGUGGUACGAGACUCCUUCCAUCGUGAUGAGACGACUUGAUUGCAGCAGAGAAGUAAAGCUCGACUACCAAGCUGGAUCGCCGCCAAAACCUCCAAAAAAACCUAUACCUCCAGAAACUCCGCUUCAGCGAUUGUUUACGAACCCUCUUAAGAGAUUAAAUCGCUUGUUGGCUGAGCGCCAGACUAACCUUAUCAAUUCAAUAAACAAUUUUCUCAGAAAACACGUCGAUUUCUAUAAAAAUGUUAAGAUAUCAAAGAUCUCUAUACAGGGACUAGGAUUAAAGAAAUAUAGGAUAAAUUACAGAGCUGAUGGUGACUCUGCUUGGCAACCCUACCAAGAGCAGCUUGGAGUUGAUAAGAUAUUUGAUGCAUGGAAAGAUGUUGUUAUGCCUGUCACCGCUCGAUACAUUCAAAUAGAAGCAGUGGAGCCUAAAAGCUAUGUAUUAUCUCUAACGAAACCAACCUUCUAUGGUUGCGCUAUUGCAGACGCUUACAAAAUAAUUGGAAGAAACGUUCACAUGAAUUAUGUUGAAGAACAUCUUAGAACAAAAAGGAAGGUCAAUUUUACUGAUUCUCAGAAAAACCCUAACAAUAUAGUCAUAAAGAUUUUGGCUGACCACAUUUAUGUUAAGGGUAAUAUCAAAAUGAGUGGUAUCAGUAAGUUGACAAUGAUAACUCGAAAAAUUUCCUUCAUGGAAGGCAGUAAGUUGGACCUCAGAGCUCCUACCUUAUUACAAGAUCUAAAGACUCCUUCAACUCCCGGGGCUAAUGGAAAGGAUGGUUUGAAUGGAGUGGAUGGUCCGUCAGUUGAAGUUUACGCUGAUGUAUCUGUCGGAAAUCUUCAAAUCGACGCCAGCGGUGGAAAUGGAAACAAGGGUCAGGAUGGCGCCAAUGGGAGGAUAGGCGCAGACAGUCAAAACAGGCAACCAGACAGGACAGACGAUGAUUGUGAAGGACAAAGUCAUUACCGUUGCAGUAACGUGGAUGGAAGAAGAGGAACGAGAGGUGGUGAUGGUGGUGAUGGUGGAGAUGCUGGCAAAUCUGGUCACGGUGGCAACGCUGGGCGUCUCUUGUACAGCGUGAGAAAACUAGAAGGACAUAUCUCACUAGUAACCUGCCCUGGAGAAGGAGGCCAGGCGGCUAAGAAUGGUAGAGGAGGUCCUGGAGGAAAAGGAGGUCAGGGUGGACGUGGAAGAAAAUGCAAAAAACACUAUCGUGUUGUAGGCAAGCUUGGUAUAGGCGGUGGUAGUUGCGAAGGGGAUGGUAGCUCUAAACGAGGACCAAGAGGAUCUUCCGGUAAAAGUGGACAAAACGGAAAAACUAAAGUAAAAGCUGGUACAAGGGGACAGGUUAGUGCGAAGAAUCUUCAAGGAAAGCCUUUUGACGACUCCAGAAAGAAAUAUCCUUUGGUUUUGAUUCGUUUGAUGAUGAGAGUGGCCGAGGAUCGGGUGUGGGCUAACGAUCUCGUGGAAGCAAAGGCAAUUCUUGAUUUCGUUGUCAACAUAACCAAGGACAGAGACAAUGCGUCUCAAACUAGAAAAUUUGCCAAACGAAGAAUAGCCUUUCUCAAUAAAAAAGGAUUCGACAGGUUUGGAAGAAAUAAACUUUUUGCUCCUCUGAUGGCUUGGGAGGCAUAUAAAGAGCAAGUAAAAGAUAUCAAAGACACUGCUGAAGUCUACGAGACUGCAUACAAUGGACUACGGGCAUCAAUAGAGAGAGAAGAAGGAUUCAAGCAAAUUAUUAAAGCAAUGCCAGAGUCCGCUAAGGUUCAAGUUGAAAAACAAAGAGAAAGACUCAUCAAGGCUAAACUUGUUGCCAUCAGUGAAAAGGGAGCGUAUGUUGAGUCUUCUUUGCUUGCUUCGACCUUUGUGACUGAACAGCACGAAUCAAAUUACAAUCACUUUACUUAUAGAACUUUAAGUGAACGACUGCCAUGUCUUGACUAUCAAAGUGAAACUUGGAGUGUCCAUAUUGAUAAACUAACCAAGAAAAUUGCUUCAGGAAUUGGGGCCAUUAAGCGAGUAAGACACCUUGUUCCUCAACUAACUUUGCAAAAAAUUUAUCACGCCCUAGUCCAGCCGCACUUUGACUAUUGUAAUGUCGUUUGGGGCAAUUGUGGUACUACUCUGCAUAAUAAAUUGCAGAAACUACAAAAUAGAGCAGCUCGUGUCUUGACCCAUUCAAGCUACGAUGCCAGCGCUGACAAUCUUUUUARAAUUCUGGGCUGGAAAACCCUAGAUUGCCAGCAACAAAUGGCACGUGCAACAAUGGUUUUUAAGUGUCGACAUGGGCUUGCUCCUAAUUAUCUUUGUAAUAAAUUUAGUAACCACAUUUCUUCAUAUGCACUAAGGGACUCUGUCGACAAAGUCAAUGUUCCAUUACCACGUACUAACUAUGGUAAAAAUAGCUUCAGUUAUAGUGGAGCUAUUGCAUGGAACAGCCUUCCAAGUAAACUAAGGCAGGCAGAGUCCCUUAGGCAAUUUAAACAUCUAUUAUUACAAACAAUUUAAGGCACGGCAUUCAUGGAAAACAGCUUUUUUAGUUGAUAUUUGUUUUUCGUUACAUUGUAUACGUGUUUUUAAUUACGUAUUGUAUGUUAGCUGAUGAUUAACCGUGGAUAAA